AUGAUUAAACGUCUGAGGAAGGUAAGCCUGCCAGCCGUUUCGGCGGCUAUCCUGUCUUGCAGUUACCACUAUGGUAGGGUCCUGGGAGUGAUUUGCUUUGACAUUGGUAAAAGGACCUCAGACCAGUCCUUGGUGGGUCGCAAUCGGAACCGACUUAAAUGGUACUGCCUGAGUUUGCGGCUCAUUAGCGCCACGUCAGUAUUGUGUUUCUGUGCUCCUCACGUUGCGGAUAUCGAGGAUCUCUACAUUUGGAUUCUACAAUUCCUGCGUCUUUCGGCCAGCCUCAUAUGCUCCAUCUGCAUUAUAGUGGUUCAGAUUGGCUAUGAAAAGGAGCUGCUUCGGAUGAUCAACAGUUUCCUGCGGCUUUUUCGACGUGUUCGUCGUUUGUCGUCCUUGAAAAGGAUUGGAUUUGGCGGCAAACGGGAGUUCUUCCUGCUCACUAUCAAAUUCAUCUGCUUGGUCUACGAACUGUACUGUGAGUUGUGCCAACUGGGCAAUCUACACACUUUGCUACGGUUGUCCACAAUGAUGUUGGAUAUAAUCCUGGAAAUUGGCUCUCUGAUGAUUAUACACAUUGGAUUCUUUGGAUACCUCAGCGUAGCCGCUCUGUAUUCCGAGUUAAAUAGAUUCGUGCGUGUUGAGUUAAGACGACAACUAAGAUCCUUGGAGCGUCCUGGCGGAGGUCCUGUAAGUCGAAGGCAACUUAGGAUCGUUGAAAAUCGCCUGGAUGAGUGUAUAUCAGUUUACGACGAAAUCGAACGAGUGGGCCGAUCAUUUCAUCGCCUCUUUGAAUUUCCUGUUCUUAUAAUUCUGAUUGUAAAGAUAUUUGCCACUACUGUUUUAUCCUACGAGGUGAUCAUUCGAGCCGAGUUGUAUCCCAGUAAGGCCGGUAUGUGGGGUCUGGUGGUGAAAAGUUUUGCGGAUGUUAUACUCCUCACCUUGGCGGUUCACGAGGCGGUCAGUAGUUCCCGAGUGGUUCGGCGUUUGAGUUUGGAGAACUGUCCCAUUAGCGAUCACAAGGAGUGGCAUGUCAAGUGGGAAAUGUUCCUGAGUCGCCUGAACUUCUUUGAAUUUCGGGUAAGACCCUUGGGAUUGUUUGAGGUCUCCAACGAAGUAAUUCUGCUAUUUAUAUCCAGUAUGAUCACAUAUUUUACCUAUGUGGUUCAGUACGGUAUUCAAACCAAUCUAUUGUGA